AUGAAGCUCUUAUGCUUACUGCUUCUUCUUUUUGCUCAGGCGCAUGGUAUGGCGUUCCAGCAGCGGGACGUUGAGACGCCGUCGCCUGGACUGUUGCUCGACAGAUAUUCGCAGAGUGGGCUCGAAUUCCACCAGUGGGUGGAGCGAAUGAUCGACGAGGGUCACCUUUACCCUUCCAACGUCACCAGCGACGGCCUCAUCUUUCUUCGCGAUGAGAACGAGAGCUGGACCGUCAAGCUCAAGAACGUAGCGUGCAACAGAAUCCACGGCAGCCGCGACACGCUAAUGAAGGCGCAGUCGCACUUCUGCGGUUGGGUACAGAAAAUAGAACAGAUCAAGGCCAAGGAGAUGGAGGAGGACGUGACCAACGUGCUGUGCGACGACGGGGUGAUUUGCCGGCUGGGCGUCCGCACGGCCUUCGACUUCCUCAAGGUCUUCCCGGACAACGUACAAGACAUCACCAAUGCCUGCAACGAGAUGUUUGACCAGCUGCACUUGGCAUGUCCCGAUGGAGGCGGCGUGGCAGACACCGAGGUUACGGACAAGCAGGGAAAUACCAAGGAGUCAGGCAAGGUUGAGGCUUCAUUCUCCCAUAAUAACGUGGGUGAAUGCAACCCUAGCCAAACGCGUCAAUGCCACGAGCACGAAUUGUGA